UAAAUUCACUGUGGCUUUUGGCCAGCCAUUAACUUAAGAUAAAAAGAACACCGGUCGAUCAUCGCGCCAUUCACAACAAGGCUAAAACUGGAACAAGAGCAAACUCAACCGACGUCUGGUUUUCUUGACGUCAGGAGAAGUCUGAGCGGACCCAGCGCUGCGCACAAGCACAGCAACCACAUCGCUCCCAGAGGGAAGAAGAACACAGCACAGAUCGCCAUUCAGCUGUAGUGUGGCAAAUCCGAUCAGCAUUGUAGGAUGCCUCUCGGAGAGGAUGGAAAUGGAUGGAAAAAGAAGACAUCAGACAUCAAAGAACAUUAUGACUUCAAAGAAGUACUGGGAACGGGAGCUUUCUCAGAGGUGGUUCUAGCAGAGGAGAAGAGGACCCAGAGGCUGGUGGCCAUCAAGUGCAUUCCCAAGAAAGCAUUGGAAGGGAAAGAGAACAACAUUGAAAAUGAGAUUGCGGUACUACACAGAAUCAAGCACCCCAACAUUGUUACGCUGGAGGACAUCUUUGAAAGUACAUCCCAUCUAUAUCUUGUCAUGCAGCUGGUGUCUGGAGGUGAGUUGUUUGACAGGAUUGUGGAGAAAGGUUUCUACACAGAGAGAGAUGCCAGCCAACUCAUCCACCAGAUCUUGGAUGCAGUCAAAUACCUCCACGAUAUGGGAAUCGUCCACAGAGACUUGAAGCCAGAGAAUUUGCUGUAUUACAGUAUGGACGAAGACUCCAAAAUUAUGAUCAGUGAUUUUGGACUGUCAAAGAUUGAGGGAGCAGGCAGUGUCAUGUCCACAGCCUGCGGUACUCCUGGAUAUGUGGCUCCUGAGGUGCUUGCUCAGAAGCCGUACAGCAAAGCAGUGGACUGCUGGUCCAUAGGAGUUAUUUCUUAUAUUCUGUUAUGUGGAUAUCCUCCGUUUUACGAUGAAAAUGAUGCCAAGCUAUUUGAGCAGAUUCUGAAAGCAGAGUAUGAAUUUGACUCUCCAUACUGGGAUGACAUCUCAGAUUCAGCCAAAGACUUCAUCUGUCACCUGAUGGAGAAAGACCCUUUGAAGAGAUAUACGUGUGAGCAGGCCCUGCAGCAUCCAUGGAUCUGUGGAGACACAGCUUUGGACAAGAAUAUCCACGAAUCUGUCAGCGCUCAAAUCAAGAAGAACUUCGCCAAAAGUAAAUGGAAGCAAGCAUUUAAUGCCACAGCGGUGGUUCGCCACAUGCGGAAGCUGCAGCUGGGCACUAGUCUCGAGGGACCCAGUCAGAUUACUCCCACCAGUCCCUGCCAUGGACAUCUGCUCCCAGAGGAAGAGGAGGAGGAGGAGGAAGAUGAUUUGGGGAAUGGGGAGGAGGAGAGCUUGUCCCACUACGAGGACGGCCGCCGCGGAAGCACCGAGGGCAGCACGGAUCGGGACAGCCUGAGAAGCUGCACCUACUGCUGCAGGCCAGCCAGUCGCGUCUGAGCACAACCUCAUGUUGUCAUGGUGACAUUGUAUCCCUGGAGUGCCCAGAGCCCGCCCGCCCAGUCUGGCCAGGAAUGCAGAGUAGUUAUCAGGCAGCAUCCACCAGAGUACAUCCACAGCGAGCAGGUCACCGUCACAGUGUGGAGAAACACACUGCAAGUCUUUUUCCCCCAAAAAAUGUUUUAAAAAUCACAUCCUGACUCAAAAUACACGUUUUAACUUUGUUGCAGUUCAGAAUGCAAGGCUUCUCAGAGUGAACAGUAAUGUAAAGAUAGGGCCUGUCUGCAUGACUAUCCUGAAAUAAGCCCCCUCGCAACCUAACAUGUAGUUGACCUUUGUGCAGCUAUAGCAGACAGAGGUCAUUUGCCAGUGUGUGCAUUACAAGAAGUGAAGGGAUGUUAGCUACAGGAAGGAUCCGAGCCUCUUGAGUCUUAAUCAAAGACGAGGCAGUGGCCUAAAGGCAGUCUCCUCCAUUAUUUUUGUUCUUACAUUACCUGUCACAUCUACCUCUAACCACAAUUACUGUCUACGUCCAUCUGGCUCACACACUCUACAUUACUGUCAGCUUUCUCCAAACAUCUGGCCAGACAGGGCACAAAGAAAAGGGGAAUGCUUUCUAGAGGGAAACAGUACUGAAAGCCACUUACUUCUGCAUGUCUUAAUACUCUUUACCCAUCAAUGUGACUCAGUCCAGUCACUGACCAAGUAGCUGUUUAGUUGAAUAGAGUUAAUCUCAAGGCAUGUCUUCACUGCCGAUGCCACCUUCUCAUUUGUUCUGUUUGAUCACCUUUUUCUCAUAUUAAGUGUUUCUGUCCUUUUGUAAGUAUUUACUAAAUUUGUUUAAAGCCUUUUUGGAAAGCAGAGGGUGAUUCUGGGGGUUAUGGACUCUAUAUUCUGGCUCAGACUGGGUUUGUGAAGAGUGGUUCUGACCUGGAGUGUCUGUAUGCUACUGCUGGGGAAAAUAUCGAAAUGUAUGAAAAUGAAAAGGAGACUUCUUUUUUGUUUGUUUUAUGGCUGUUCUGUUAUCAGAGGCUCAAACUGAGAUCCCCUUAAUCCGUAAAUCACAGGAAUCUGACCUUCUGCCAUUGGCUCUCAUCAUGUUGGGAGGAGUUAUUUUGAAGGCAAUUAUGUUUAGAAUCCUCUAUAUUCAUGGGAAGAAUAUGAUUAUAUUCAUAUCACGCUCAACCGCACUGUUUUUUUUUCUGGCAAGCAUCUAAAUAUCCGCUUGCUGUCAGUCUCUGGGUCUUAUGCUGAGUCGGAGGGAUCUCAGUCUGGGCGCUCCGCCUGCUCUGUGCUGUGCACCUCUAGUGGAAGAAGUUUUGGUCUACUGUUUGCAUGACCUGGUUAAAUAUGUUUACAUGAAUGAUGAUCAAUUAGUAUAAACACACAUGAUUAUUAUUACUCUGUUGUAUUGAAAAUGAUGUAAUACUGUAAUUUUGAGCUAUAUAAUGUGAAGUGAGUAACACCAGAAGUAAUGUUGUUGACAAAGUACAACACAGCACAGUGGACUUAUCAUUUACAUUAACUAUGAUGGUCAAGUCUCUACCUGAGUGAGAUUUCUCCUGUACUAUGUUUUAUUUUUUUCAGUCGGUUUUCUUGCCGUUGCUUAUGUAGAAUCUCUUAUUUUCUUAACUCUUAACUAUUUAUCCCUGUCUGAUAUCCAGGCCACAAGCAGAACAAAAACACAUAAACUCAUUUUACACAGGUGCCAGCUAUAGAACAAAAUAUGGAAAAAAUGAUGUAUAUAUAUAUAUAUAUAUAUAUAUAUAUAUAUAUAUAUAUAUAUAUAUAUAUAUAUAUAUAUAUAUAUAUAUAUAUAUAUACAUAUAUAAAAUGGGGCUGGAAACAUUACCUGUGCCAUGGGAGUAACCUUCAGUGUGCAAGCUAUGCAUUUGUCCUCCUACAGUACUAAAGCCAUAAAGUGAAGUGGGGAUGUUUUACUGUAGAUUCAGAUAUGUUGUCAUCUUAUAAAUAUAUGACUCAGAUGAAGGAUGGCAAUGCUUUGGCAAGAUAUUUAAUGUAAAAAAUACAAAUGAAACAAAAUUCUCCCUCCGACAACUGGCUGAAAACACUUAAAUCCUGAUAUUAAUCAUAUCAUAUCAUUAUUAAUUUAUUAUUAGUUAGCUGGAGAAAUCCAACCAAUCCAUAAAAAAAUGUUGCCCACAAAAAACCAGUUCCUGUCAUUGAUACUUUCAGGUCCAUAGUACAGUGAAAUAAGGCAUUCACUCUGGAUUUACAUGACUGUAAUUGUGGAAAAUAUGCAAACUGUGUGUGAAGGGCUUCAUGUUACCUGUAAGAUAGCCAAUGUUGAUGACUUUGAUAACCUGGCUAUUAUUUGUUUGGUAAUGACCUUAUGUUGAACCUUACCUGGGAUUUGUUUCCACUUGGCUGUGUUUUUUUUUUAAAAAAGAAGCUUAUUUUACCCAUUACAAACACAUCUAAAUGCAUAAAGAAACACGUGUAUAUUAUAUAUAUAAAUAUAAGUAUAUAUUGUAUAUCCUUUUUUGUAAAAGCUGUUUUGAGCUACAAAUGUAUGGAUGCAAUGCAUCAUGGGUUAUUGAACAAGAUGUAAGAAAAUACAAUGAUUUGUACCCACAAAGAUAUGAAUGCAGGAAAUGAAAUAAAACUUCCUUGUCUAUGCA